CCACAACACACCGCGGCAGCAGCGCCGUGUGUGUGUGUGAGGCAGAGGCAGAGAGACGGGGAAGAUUUUUAGGAAUUCGUCUCUGCAGUGUUGGAGCUUCGCAGUUGUAAAAAAAAAAUAAUGGCCUAGGUGUCCAGUUACCUGCUAGUCUUUCCUCAUGAAGGUGUGCAUUCUUUGAGUGGUUAGACAUCUUGCUACAGUCAAUACUCCAGAGCAGCAGCAGCAGGAGCACCAGCAGCCAUCUCCAGCUGCCCUUCCACACCCCCAGCAGACUCCAACAGCGGGAGCAGGAUGGAGGCGUCGUUUGGACCUACAUUCGCGGCCGUGGCUGCUGGAGCUAAAGAAGCGUCCACCACCUACAAGCAGCAUAGAAGAACUCCCUCCUCCUCCAGCACUCUAACCUACUCCCCUCGGGAUGACGACGAUGGAAUGCCUCUUAUUGGUACUCCUCGGAGGUCUGAUUCAGCCAUUUCUGUCCGAUCUCUUCAUUCUGAGUCCAACAUGUCUCUGCGCUCCACUUUCUCUCUGCACGAAGAGGAGGAGGACACGGAACCCCAGGUUUUUGCUGAACAACCGUCAGUGAAACUGUGCUGUCAGCUCUGCUGUAAUGUCUUCAAGGAUCCUGUCAUCACCACAUGUGGGCACACCUUCUGCAGACGAUGUGCCUUGACUUCAGACAAGUGCCCGGUUGAUGCUGCAAAGCUAACGGUUGUGGUAAACAACAUCGCAGUGGCAGAGCAGAUAGGAGAGCUGUUCAUCCACUGUAAAUACGGCUGCAGGGCCACAGCCAGUGGAGCAGCAGGAGGGGCCACAGCCUCUAACGCCACAGUGGCCGGGAAGCCUGGAGCGUUUGAAGUGGACCCACUUGGCUGCCCAUUCACGAUCAAACUGGCCACGCGCAAAGAACAUGAGGCCAGUUGUGACUACAGGCCAGUCCGUUGCCCCAACAACCCCUCCUGCCCUCCCCUGCUCACCAUGAACUUGGAGGCUCACCUCAAAGAAUGUGAACACAUCAAAUGUCCACACUCUAAAUACGGCUGUACGUUCAUCGGCAACCAAGACACAUAUGAAACACACCUGGAGGUGUGUAAAUUUGAGGGACUGAAAGAAUUUCUGCAACAGACCGAUGACAGGUUCCAUGAGAUGCAGUUAACUCUGGCCCAAAAGGACCAAGAUAUUGCUUUCCUGCGCUCCAUGUUGGGAAAACUGUCUGAGAAAUUAGAUCAACUAGAGAAGAACCUGGAGCUCAAGUUUGAUAUGCUGGAUGAGAACCAGAGUAAACUGAGCGAGGACCUAAUGGAAUUUCGUAGAGAUGCCUCUAUGCUUAAUGACGAGUUGUCUCAUAUCAAUGCCAGACUCAAUAUGGGAAUCCUGGGCUCAUAUGACCCCCAGCAGAUCUUCAAGUGUAAGGGGACAUUUGUUGGCCACCAGGGUCCUGUAUGGUGCCUAUGUGUCUACUCCACUGGAGACCUGCUCUUCUCAGGAUCCUCAGAUAAGACUAUCAAGGUGUGGGACACCUGCACCACCUACAAGUGUCAGAAAACCCUGGAGGGUCAUGAUGGCAUUGUGUUGGCUCUGUGUAUCCAGGGCAACAAGUUAUACAGUGGCUCUGCAGACUGCACCAUCAUUGUGUGGGAUAUUCAGACUCUGCAGAAAGUCAAUACCAUUCGUGCUCAUGACAACCCUGUAUGUACGCUUGUCUCAUCCCACAACAUGUUGUUCAGCGGCUCCCUCAAGGCCAUUAAGGUGUGGGACAUUGUGGGCACAGAGCUGAAACUGAAGAAGGAACUAACUGGUCUGAAUCACUGGGUGAGAGCACUGGUGGCCUCCCAGAACCACCUGUACAGCGGCUCCUAUCAGACCAUCAAGAUCUGGGACAUCCGCUCUCUGGAGUGUGUUCACGUCCUGCAGACCAGCGGCGGCAGCGUCUACUCCAUCGCCGUCACCAACCACCACAUCGUCUGUGGCACAUAUGAAAACCUCAUCCAUGUGUGGGAUAUUGAGUCUAAAGAGCAGGUGCGGACCCUUACGGGUCACGUGGGAACAGUUUAUGCUCUUGCUGUCAUCUCCACUCCUGACCAAACCAAAGUGUUCAGCGCCUCCUACGACCGUUCCCUCAGGGUGUGGAGCAUGGACAACAUGAUCUGUACACAGACUCUGCUCAGGCACCAGGGCAGCGUCACAGCUCUGGCUGUGUCCAGAGGACGUCUCUUCUCUGGAGCUGUGGACAGCACCGUCAAGGUGUGGACAUGCUAAAGUCCAGUUGACGUUCCCGUUUCCAUUUCGUGAUUUUUUUCUUCCGCCACAUCCAUGUAUUUGUUUGUGAUCUAACAGCCACAGACCAAUAACAGCCACCGCUUCACAGUAAAGGUGCAUCAGAAUGUUUUUUGUUUGUUUGUUUGUUUGUUUGUUUUACUUUUUAAAACUUCAAAACAAACACAAACAAUCCAACGUUUUUCACCCACGAUCGCCGGGAUCGAGGGUCAGCCCGCGGGUCACGCUCAGCGACUCGGCGCGUUACGCGGCAACAUAAGAGGAGAGCUGCCUUACGCCUGCACGGCACUGCGCCAAAACAGAGAUUGAACGGGGCGGCUGUCAUCAGAGCAGGAAGCAGAGAGGGUCACGGUUUCGGUUGACGGUCCCGGCUGCUUCCUGCAGAUACACCUGCCUUUUUACACAUGUACUUACUUACGAUGCCUAAUGUAAACUGGUAUAACGGCUGGUUUCACAAACACAGAGUGUGUGUGUUUGUCACGCCGCGCUGCUCAGACGUACUCCAGAGAUGAAUCCAGAACUCAUUUAGACGCGUAUAUUAACGUAAGAGCGUCCACUCUGCCCCUGUCAGAGCCGCAGAUCCUCACUUUUAAUGCAAAUUAAGCAUGUUUCACAGUUAGAUAGACAGUGAAAAUUACCUUUCACCACAGUUUGAAUGAACACUUCCUGUUCCCGUUUCAAAGUAAAAGCACUCAUUUCAGUACCGUGAAUCAAAUGUUUCGACAAGGCUUUUGUUAAUGCACGGCUGCAUACAGGAGAGUCCUGGUGUUUAGUUUAGUUUAGUUUAGUACAGAGUAUUAAGAGUAUAUAAAUAUAUAUUUUUAUGAUUUUCAUAGACAAAAAACAAGUUAAAAUAUAACUGAAAUUAGGCAGCUGUUCUCACCGUUAUAUUGAAGUUAUCUCUGCAUUUACACACAAGGACAUGUACAUGUACUGCUAAUGUUUGUAAAAGUGGAGUGUGAAUGUGAAACAGAGCUGAAAAGGAAGAAUAUCUGUAUUAUUUCCUUUGACACAAACUAACUGAAGUGAUCAUCAUCUUAAUGAAUUGAUUGUUAGUUUUUUAAAUAAUCAAAAGGAACCUCUGAUUUGUUUCAGCCACUCCUAUUGUGAUAUGAAGCAAAUAAAGUGGAAAAUAUCACAAAGAAACCAUUAAAACUGAAUUAGAACAGCAUCAGAAAAUAAUCAACAGUUAAAUUGAUUAUGAAAAUAAUAAGUUGCAGCAGCCGUAAUAAACAUAAACACAUUCUCCCGCUCCGCCUUCAUCACACGUGUCACCCAGUUCAGUUUUGUGAAACCAGCCUUUAUUAAAAAAAAAAGAAAACACAUUUUAAUAAGUGAAGACUUUAAAGACAGAUGUAUAGAUUUACUGAGUUUUAUAUUAGUGCCAUGUUAGAGCCGUAUUCAGAGCCACUAAACAACAGUCGUCCAGUACAGUGGUGUACAGUUAAACGGACAGUGCCGAGCCUGGACCUGGACACAGGCCCGGGACAUAACCGAGACACAGACGCAGAGGAGGAGACGACGGUUCGUGUGCAUGUGUGUGUCCGUUGUUGUGUUUUCGACGAGUGCCAUAUGUGCAGAUUAAAAACGUUAGGAAAGACUGUGACGAUGCAUAUUUCUCCCCCCUCUCUGUUUCCCUCCUCCCUCUUCAGCUGGUCAGAGAACAAACGCGGCCACAGACCGACACUUGAUGAUGAAGUGAAGGCAGACGGGGGGACGAGGUGUAAUUAACCCCAUAAACUCCUCGAGGAAAAAGUGUCAUCGAGCUAAAGUGACGUCCUGUUUUCCUAACUCGUGUCCCCGAGGACCCACAUUGGGUUGCAAAUCAAUCAGUAAAUGACUGCGAGGGUCGUUUUUAUCGUUAAUUAAAUCACAUUAGCACAUGUAAAAAUUUACACACGGAAGAUAAGUACGUUUUUUUUUUAUUAUUAUUAUUAUUAUUAUUAUUAUUGUUAUUGCAGAUGUUCUCAAGUAUUACGCUUUCAUUUCAAUGCAAAUAUGGCCGCCACUUCCUGUAGCUUCGGUGAGGAGGGUAGAGAAGGGCGUGAGAGCGUUUCAGUGAUGUCUUGUAUACUUGUAAUCAUGUAAGCCUGAGUUGAUCACUGAUCAAUAAAACUGUUGUAAACUUUGAA